AUGAAAAAAGGAUUUUUACUCAAUAAAAAUAUCUAUGAUAUUGAAGAAAAUGUAAUAAAAGUUGAAAAGGAUAAGAGAAACAGAAAAUACUGUAAAGAUGAUUUUGAAAUAUAUAUGCACUUAGGAAGUGGCAACUUCAGUGAAGUUUUCAUGGUGAAAUUGAAGAAUGACCCAUCGAAAAUAUUCUCACUUAAAAUAUUUAAAAAAGAAGAAGUUAACAGAAUGAAUAAAGUUAAUUCUGUUUUAACAGAGAAACAUACUAUGACAAAAUUAAAUAUUCCAGGGCAUCCAAAUGUUAUCAAAUUAAUUGACACAUUUAAAGACAAAGAAAAUGUAUAUUUAUUGUAUGAAUAUGCUGAUUAUGAGUUGUGGGAAUUUUUAAGAAGCCGGAGUGUUGGAAUUGAUGAAAAUAUAACUUUUUGUUUAAUACUACAAAUGGUUCGAGCAUUAGAUUAUAUACAUAACAAAAAUAUAAUUCAUAGAGACUUAAAAUGUGAAAACUUUCUUAUAAAUAAGGAUGGAACAAUAAAAUUGAUUGAUUUUGGUACUUCUAAAGAUUUGGAUGAUACAUCCUUAAAUACAAAUAAAAAUGCACCCAUCAAAAAAGACACGGAAUUGAUUAAAUUUGUAUUAAAAAAAACAAAUAACAGUAAUGUAAAAGAAAAUGUCAAAAAUGAGCCUGUAGAAGAGAAUGAUAAUAUUUUAAAUAAUGAAGAAAACAAUGAUGAAGUUUCAAAUAGUAAUGAUAAUAAUAACAAUUUUGUUAAAAAUUCAAAAAAAUGUGUUCUUAAGGAACUUAACAACGAAAAUUCUGAAUUUGAUAAUAAAAUUGCCACAAUAGAUAAUGAUCAAUUAAAUAUUGUAAAUAGUAAUACAUGUUCAACAAAUAUAAAUAAAUAUAGCAAUAGAAGAAAAAAAACAUUUGAUAACUAUGUUGGAACUGCAAAUUUUAUGCCUCCAGAAGCACUAAUUAAUAAAUGUAGUGCUAGGGCACGCGACUUCUGGAGCCUUGGAUGUACAUUUUACCAGUUAGUAACAUGUACAGUUCCAUUUGAUGGUUCGACAGAAUGGUUCAUAUAUAACAAAAUUAAAAAAAGAGAAAUAAAAUAUCCACCUUUAAUAUCAUCUGAAUUAAUAGAUUUAAUAGAAAAGCUAACACAUGUUAAUCCGGAAGAAAGGUUAGGAUUUAAAAAAGGGUGUAAAGAAAUUUUAGAGCACUCAUAUUUUGAAAAAUUUAAUUGCAAAUCAUUUAAUUUCAAGCUACCAGAAAUUUCUGAGAUAGAAAAAAUGUACACAAACGCAAUAAAUAAGUAUCAUGAAUACGUAAAUGAAAAGAGGAAGCUAAAACGAAAUGUUAAUAAAUCGUAUGAAGAAGAAAAUAAUAAAAAAAUAGAGGAUCUGAAAAGAGAUUUAUUAAGUAUAAUUAAACCUGAUACAAAGAUUCAAGAUAUAGAUAAUGAAUCAAUAAUUAUAAGGAAAAAAAUUGCUGAAACUGUUAAUUUCUUUGUUGAGGAAUUUCAUAAACAAGAGAAAAGUGAAAUGGAGGAAGCAGACAGAUGGUUGGAACGAUUUACGAGUAAAUAG